AUGAGCAACGGCUCAAUUUGCUCGGCCUGCGGAAAAGAGCAGGAUUUUGAAAUUUCAAGGGAAAUUGAAUGGAUUGAGUGUUCGAUUUGCCAUAAAUGGUAUCAUAUCCAUUGCGUGGGCAUUAGACAUUCUGAAUUGGAUCGUAUAAGGGAGUAUCACUGUGUGACAUGUUCAAAAGUGAAAGGUCCAUCACUUUUAACUAGAAUAUCUUCAAGACGUCAUAAAAGAAUUGAUUAUGUGGCACUGAAUGAAGGCCAAUCACGAAUUGAAUUAAACCACCAUCCUAGAAUUGAUGAUUUCAAGGAUUUUAAAAACGAUAAACCGUUAGAAGAGAUGGUAUAUCUAGUUGAUCCAAAAGUUGAUGGGAGCAACGGGGGAAUAUUUACUGACAAAGAUUUGCUGCGUAUUGUUACGGCAUCCAAAUUUAAAAAGCCAAUUCUUGUUAGAGGGUGCAAUCCAGAAAUACCUGCAAGCUAUGAUGAGAAUGUGAAGCUCAGUUUAAAGCUGCCAAACUUCAGUAUAGAUCAACUUACUAAAUUGAUAGGCAUUGAUAGAAAGGUUCCUGUGAUGGAUGUUCUUUCUCAAAAUAUGGUGCGGCCAAGAUGGAGUAUGAAUAGAUGGAGAAGUUAUUAUAAAGAAGCACAAACUGAUCGUAACAAGAUCCUUAAUAUUCUUUCCAUGGAAUUUUCGAAUACCGCUCUUAGCGAGUAUGUUGAAAUUCCUGAAGUUGUGCAGAAGCUAGAUAUAUUAACAAGGAUAUUCAAAUCUGAGCUAGGACAGGCCUUAUCAGAUGCAAAAAUUGCCAGACCUAAAGUUACUGAAUAUCUUCUUAUGUCAGCAGCCGAGUCCUUCACUGAUUUUCACAUUGAUUUUGCUGGCACGUCUGUUUACUAUUCUAUUAUAUCAGGAAAGAAGCAGUUUAUGCUGUAUCCACCUACUUCCAGAAAUCUCGACAUUUAUACGAAAUGGUGUAAUUCUGAUGAGCAGUCAAGUAUUUGGUUUGGGGAUUUGAUUCCAAGACUAACGAAUGCAAUAAUAAAGAAUGAGGAUCUUAAUGCUACCCCUGAAUACAUGUUAAACGGAUGCAAAAUAGAGAUCAGUGCAGGAGACUUACUUUUACUACCCUCUGGAUGGAUUCACGCCGUAUAUACACCGUGUGACUCGCUUAUUAUUGGAGGGAAUUUUCUUAAUUUAUUCAGUCUUAACAAUCACAUAAAAGUAUUUCAGAUAGAGCGUGAGACCAAUGUACCUGAAAAGUUUUGUUUUCCAGAUUUGAACAGAAUGCUUUGGCUGAUAGGAUUUUAUGUUGUUGAACAAAACCUUUCAGUAAAUGCGGUGCUUUCUCAACAGCUUUUGUGUCUUUUGAAAUAUUACAAAGCAGUAUUGGCUUCUGGGCCACCUGCUGAAAUCUCUAACAAGCUGAAAGACGCCUACAAGCGGUCUAAAAGAAGUAUUCCCACAAAAGUCAUUGGAGAUCCCUCCAAAUUUGUAGCAAGAUUUCAGAAUUGGAUGGAGAGUGCGGUUGGACAUCGGUUGCCAAUGAAUAAGAAAAGAAGACACGGUGAAGACAAAAGUGGUGUUUCCAGCAAAUUGGUUAAAGGUUCCUACGUUAAAUAG